AUGAAGACGAUUCUGUGUGCGCUUUUCCUUGGCAGCGUGGCGAUGCACGCGGCCGGGGCGCCCAUGAAUGCAGGCGAGCUCACUGCCGGCAUGGACGCCACCACGGCACUUGCGCACGGUCUCGAGGGGAUGAGCCUCGACGCGGCUCGAGGCGUGCAACGCGCUCCUGCGUACCUGUCUGGAACAGGCGCAGUGAGGGAGAUCAAACCCGUUGGCGCUUCGGCCCUCAAGAGUACCGCUGGAGCCGACGAGGCAGUGGGCAAGGUGCGCAAGGUACGAUUCAGGACGGCGCCGCAGCCUGCGACGAGCAGCAGCGCCAACCAGCGUUGGAGGGCCGGCGUUAACCGGGUCAUCCAAAAGGCAAAGCUGGAGAAGUCGCAGGGCUUGACGAGAGCACAGUGGCAGCAGGCGCUCGAGGACUACGAGCGCCAAACGGGCCAGGACCUCAGCAGGUUCAACGACCAACUCAAGGACACCGCCACGUCCGAGAGGACCAAACAGCGUCUCAGCUUCUGA